GUCAACAUGACAAUGACUGCCCUCCUGCUCCUGGUGAUGGUCGCUCACUGCAUCGCUGUGCCUAUCCCCGGCGACGAGACGGACAAGAGGCUACAAGCAGAGAAAUACCUCAGCCGUUUCUACAAUCUCCCCGCUGGUCUGCUUGGAGCAAGGAAAUCUUCAGACGUUCUGCAGACCAAACUAAAGGAGAUGCAGGCUUUCUUCAACUUAAAGGUGACUGGGAAACUAGAUGCCGAAACCUUUGACACAAUGAAGCUGCCCAGAUGUGGAGUCCCAGAUGUGGGGGAAUACAACGUCUCCCCCAGGAAGCUCAAGUGGCCCAACAACAAUCUCACCUUCAGGAUAGAAAACUUCACCCCCGACAUGAAGAAGGCGGACGUUGAGAGAGCCAUCCGACAGGCCUUCAACGUGUGGGCCUCAGUCACCCCCCUCACUUUCAAGAGGCUCCACAGUGGUAUCGCUGACAUCAUGAUCAGCUUCGCAGCACGUGACCAUGGAGAUUUUAAUAGUUUUGACGGGCCUAAUGGCUUACUGGCCCAUGCCUAUGCCCCUGGCAAGGGCAUCGGGGGGGAUACACACUUUGACGAGGAUGAAAACUGGACCAAAGAAUCAAAUGACUACAAUUUGUUUUUGGUCGCGACACACGAGUUUGGACAUGCCCUUGGCUUGGAACAUUCCAGAGAAGCAGGCUCUUUGAUGUUUCCCACCUACUCAUACAGCCCGGGAUUCCCCCUGUCUGAGGACGAUAUUGAUGGUAUUCAAGAACUUUAUGGGCCAAACCCCAACAGGAAAGUGAAGCCCAAACCUGACGCACCAAAGAAAUGUGACCCCAUGUUGAGCUUUGAUGCCAUCACAGAGUUGAGAGGGGAAACCAUCCUCUUCAAAGACAGGUUCUACUGGCGUAUCCACCCCCAGAUGCCGGAGCCGGAGCUGACGCUGAUCCGUUCCACCUGGCCCGCCCUGCCCAAGGAGGUGGACGCGGCCUACGAGAACUCUGACAAGGACAUGGUCGUCAUAUUCAGUGGAAUCAAGAUGUGGGCACUGAGUGGAUACGAUAUGGUGGAGGGUUACCCGAAGUACAUCCACAAACUCGGUCUCCCCAAGAAAGUGAGGGAGAUUGACGCUGCGGUGCACAUCCCCGAAACGGGCAAAACACUGCUCUUCACCGACGAACAGUACUGGAGCUACGAUGAAAGGACCAGCACCAUGGACGUUGGCUUCCCGAGAGCAAUUGAGUUGGACUUCCCUGGAAUAGGAAAGGAGGUGGAUGCAGCGGUUUAUGACUCCGGUACCUUGUAUUUCUUCCACGACUACAUGAGGUUUGAGUACAGCUACAGGUCAAGGAAGGUCAUUUCUAUUGUUAGAGCCAACUCCAUUCUCAACUGCUGACAACGUUAAGAGAAUCUCCCUGCCUUCUUGAGAAACCAUUCGUUAAAUGCAAAAAUAUGAUAUACAAUAGUUGAAAGGGGGGAUAUUUUUAAUUUGAUUGUUUUUUUGUGCUGGACACUUAUAAUGUCAAUGUUGUCAGACACAGAAUUCUGGUCAAUUCUACGACUGCUGAAUGCUUUUUAGCUAUUUAUUUCUUUCAGAUCUUUUAAAAUGUUUUAAUAUAUAUAUCUAUAUAUAUCUAUAUAGAUACAU